AGCAAUACGCUUUCACUCUCCCCCUUCUCCUUUUACUUCCGUUCCCAUUCUUCUUCUUCAAAUCGUUAUAUUCACAAGGAUGACCUUUCUCUUCCUCGGCCUCCUAAGUCUAUAUAUCAAAAAGUUAACAAAUUAGAAGAUGCCCUCCACCUGUUUGAUGAAAUGUCACACAGAAAACCUCUUCCUUCUGUUGUAUAUUUCAAUCAGCUCUUGAAUUCCGUCUCCAAAAUGAAACACUUUUCUCAUUCCAUUCAUCUCUUCAAUCAUAUGUGUGCCAUUGGCCUUCCUGUUAAUGAGUACACUGUCAGCAUUUCCAUCAAGUGUUGCUGUCAUUUGCGUCGAACUAAUGACGGUUUCGCACUUUUAGGCCUUUGCUUCAGACGAGGUAUUGUACCUGAUGUGUACACUUUUAAUACACUCCUAGAUGGACUCGUUUUAGAAGAUAAGAUUCUUGAGGCCGAGACCUUUUUCAAGAAACUCAUCAAACUGAAACUUUGUGAACCCGAUGUUGUUACGUAUAGCACAAUGAUCAAAGGCCUUUGCAAGUUGGGUGAUAAUGUUACCGCCCUUUCUUUGCUUAGGCUAAUGGAUCAGAAAGGCUGUAAACCUGAUGUUGUUUCAUAUAGCACCAUCAUUGAUAGUCUUUGCAAGGAUCAAAUGAUUGAUGGCGCCUUUAAGCUUUUUAAAGAGAUGAUCUUUCAAAAAGGCAUCUCACCAAAUGUCGUCACGUAUAACACUUUGAUUUCUGGUCUAUCUAAAUUAUGUCUGUGGGAUGACGUGUAUCAGAUGCUAAAAGAAAUGGAGGAUUAUAGCAUCUCUCCAGAUGUCCAAACCUAUAACAUAUUUGUUGAUGCAUUGUGCAAAGAAGGUAAGGCAAAAGAAGCCGAGGACGUUAUCAGCAUCAUGGUUGUGAAAGGCAAGGUUCCUGACAUAGUAACAUACAAUUCACUCAUCGAUGGCUAUUGUUUGCGAGGUGAAAUGACCAUAGCCAAGACAGUUUUUGAUGCCAUGGUGUUAAAACUUAUCCUCCCUAAUGUUUUGACUUACAACAGUAUGUUAAAUGGGUAUUGCAAGAAGUCGAUGAUAGAUGAGGCCUUGCAUAUGUUUAGUGAGAUGACGAGAAAGGGUUUGAAACCCAAUGUAGUCACUUACAGCACCAUGAUUCAAGGAUUGUUUAAGGUUGGACGUUGCAGGGCUGCAUGUAUGCUCUUUGAUGAGAUGCUAGCACAAGGCCAAGUUCCAGAUGAACUGACUUAUGGCAUUAUUUUAGAGGGUCUUUGCAACAACCAUUUACUAGAAGAUGCAAUCUCUUUGUUCAAUUUAAUGGGUAAUAGCAAGCUAAAUUCAAGUAUUGUUGUAUACACCACUCUUAUUGAUGGUGCAAGCAAAUGCCAAAAGUUCAAUAUUGCUAGGGAUCUUUUCCAGGACAUGAUGGUUAAAGGUUUGCAACCUGAUGUACGGACAUAUAAUGUGAUGAUAGGUUGUUUCUGUCGGGAAGGUUUGUGUGGGGAUGCAAAACAGCUGUUUCUGAAAAUGGAUGAAAAUGGUUGCCCGCCAGACAAUGUUACUUACCGUUUUCUUCUCCAAGGAUAUCUAAAGAACAAGCACUAUGUUGAUGUAGAAGUGCUUUUAACUGAAAUGGAUGGAAGAGGUUACUCACUUGAUGUUUCAACCUUAUCGUUGCUAAUUGACUCAAUUGCUGCUGGAUCACUAGAUACCACUCUCCCUAAAUUGAUUGGCAAGCUUGUGCCAAAAGAAUUGAUGGAUUCUCCUAGUUUUGUUACCUAGACAAAAUAAGUGAUUGUGGAUUUGAGUAGUUGAAAUGUUGAAUGAUGUUAGAUGGAUACUAGCUGUUUGCAUCUUCUUUAUGUCGUUUUUCCUCCUUGUAACAUCCUUUACAAUCAAUUGAUUUU